CUCAACGAAGUCACGCAUCACGAUUUGACUAUAUAGAAAACGAAAGAGAAUUAGGACAAUUUAGUCGAGUAGCUCGAUUCCGUCGAUGGUGUUAGCCUCAACAAGGGCGUGAAAGGUCGACUUUACCUCAGUGUUCAUAUGAGCACAUGAUACGAAUUGCCAGAUAAUCACAUUCAUUAUGACUCUCAACUUGAAUCCUUUUCGGAUAUUGGGGGAUACCGCCCAUAUCCUUUCCAAAUGUAUACUGAUAUGGGCCAUGUACCGAAAUCGAAGUGCUGAGGGUAUCUCGCUACUUACGCAGAUGCUCUAUGCUCUGAUUUUUGUGACUCGUUAUCUUGACUUGCUUUGGGGAAGUGGAUGGACGAAAGCAUAUCUUGUUUUCUUCAAGCUUUUCUAUAUAUUUUCGUCCUUCCUUACCAUCUUUUUGAUGAUGAAGGUCUUUUCUCGGACGAGGGAAAGGGAAAAGGCAUGGAGGCUAGCUAUCUGGUCAAUUGGUGGAUCGCUUGUGCUGGCUCCGAUCGUGGUUCCGAUUUUCGAUGGAGGAUACCCUAGUUAUUGGUUUACUGAGAUAUUAUGGGCUUUCUCCAUCAUACUGGAAUCUGUCUCUGUUCUCCCGCAACUUCUACUUCUGCGUCAGACUACCGUGCCUACUGUGAUCAAUUCCUUCUAUCUUGCUGCAUUGGGGUCCUACCGAGCUUUCUACAUUUUGAACUGGAUUGUUCGGUUCUUUACAGAGCACCAUUAUUUCGACGGAAUUUCGGUCAUUUUCGGCAUCAUCCAGACCGCCUUUUACGUCGAUUUCGCUUGGGUGUACUACUCGCGUCAGCGUGUAAAGCUCCGAAACGGUGGGGUUGUCGACUCGGAGGACUACAGUAACAGCUGGCUGGUGAACAAAGUUUUGAGCUUUAGGACGCGAAGGAAUGUAGACGAGGAACAACGUCUCCAUGAUGAAGACGCGGAAGACGAGAGGGGAGCCGAUGGCCAGUCGAGAAAUAACCGUUGGGGAGCUAGAGGGAUUUCCAUCUCUGCAGAUGACACUUUGGAGAAUCAGGGCCGCCCACCAAAGGCUGGUCAGGAGAAUGACGAAGGACUAGAAGGAAUCCUUGAAGAUGAAGAUGACGAAAGCUCAAGUGACACUGUGCACAGAUUCCCUGGUGACCAUCACUGAGCGUUUUAGGUUGUGUAUCACUUCUGGGCCUUGCCACACCUUGGGUGCGGAUCUGUCAUCAUUUCUAUUUUUUUACCCCUUGUCUCUUUUGUGUUCUCUGACGUCCCCGGAUCUUCCGGGUGAUCGUGCUUUGGAUUAGCAAUCUGUGAUGGAUAUGAGAUGUGAAACGAUGAAUAAAUGUCUAUAUUUGGAAUCAAAAACUGC